UUACAGCAACUCUGGAGUUACUGUCACGACAACAACAUCGUGCACAGAGACCUGAAGCCAGAGAAUGUUUUCUACACCACCAGCCACUGCAUCAAGGUGGGAGACUUCGGCUUCAGCACGGAGAACCGGCCUAACGAACUGCUCACUAACUUCUGCGGCUCCCCUCCGUACGCUGCUCCUGAACUCUUCAAGGACAAAGGGUACAUCGGAUACUACUCGGACGUCUGGGCUUUGGGUAUUCUGUUAUACUUCAUGCUGACGGCCACUCUGCCUUUCUGCGGGGAGAAAAUGGGGCGUUUGAAGCACAGCAUCCUCCAGGGGGCUUACAGCAUCCCUGCGUAUGUGCCGGACCCCUGCAAGCUGGUGAUUAAAGGCAUGCUGCGACCUGUGCCUAUCGACCGCUCCACUCUCACGCAGAUUUUAAACAGUACGUGGCUAACGGGGAUCGACUACCCUCCCCCUUAUGUGUCGCUGCCCCUCUCCCCGGCUCAUUUCCUCCAGGCGAACCAGACUCUGAGCAUGGAGGAGGCGGAGGUGAAGAGCUCUCUGUCAGAUCUGGGGAUUGUGACGGUGCAUUUACAGAACAAUCAGUGUGUAGACUGCAGGAGUCCUCUGACGGGGACCUACAGGAUCCUGCUCCAUCGGGUCCAGAAGAGGAGGUCCGUGGAGGCCCUGGGGUAUUCCGCGCUCCAACCUGAUGAGUACGGGACCUCCAAACAGUGGUCUAUAGCUCCUGUGGACAAACACGAUCCCUCCGCUGUCUGUGUUGUACUGUGAAGAGAAAGAGUGGUGCAGAAACGAGUCCUAAACCCCGGAAGAGACUUGUCCCAUGUCUUGAAGUCCACGUUUUUUCAUACCUGGUUGUGGCUAGAAACCUAAAAUAAGGACUGAGGUUUAGACACACU